AUGGGUAUCAAGAGUGCCUUCCUCUCCCUGCUCACCUUUGUGCCACUCAUUGCGGCAGCUCCUGGUCUCUCGUCACCUUCGCUGUCUAAGCGAUGUGUUAACUCGCCUGACGCACGGAACUGCUGGGGAGACUUUGAUAUCUCUACCAACUACUACGAUGAGGUUCCUGACACCGGUGUGACCAGGGAAUACUGGUUCAACAUCGUCAAUACCACCGCUGCUCCCGACGGAGUGGAGAGGAUUGUCUUGGCUGUCAAUGGGACGAUCCCAGGACCAACGAUCAUCGCAGACUGGGGUGAUACUGUCAUCGUUCAUGUCACAAACUCGAUGCAGGACAAUGGAACAUCUAUUCACUUCCAUGGAAUUCGCCAGAACCACACCAACCAGAACGAUGGCGUUGCUGCCAUCACUCAGUGCCCUACAGCACCUGGGCAGACGACUACUUACAAGUGGAGAGCGACCCAGUACGGCUCAUCAUGGUGGCACUCGCACUUUUACGUCCAGGCUUGGGAUGGUGUCUUUGGUGGCAUCAUUAUCAACGGGCCUGCCACUGCCAACUAUGACGUUGACCUGGGCUCCAUGAUCUUGGCCGACUGGUCCCACGACACCGCAGAUAACCUGGCUCUUGUGUCUCGGGUCAGUGGUCCUCCAACAAUGGAUACCGGACUCAUCAACGGCACCAAUACCUUCACUCAGGACGACGGAACUGUUGUUGGAUCACGACAUGAGACAGUCUUCACUGCCGGAACUCGAUACCGUAUCAGGCUGGUGAACGCAGCUGCCGACACUCAUUUCAAGUUCACCAUUGAUAACCACACCAUGGAGGUUAUUGCCAGCGACUUUGUUUCCGUCAACCCUUACUCCACUGAUGUCGUGAAUAUCGCCAUUGGCCAGCGGUACGACAUCAUUGUGACUGCCAACGCCACAGCUGACAACUACUGGUUGCGCGCCAUCGCUCAAACGGCCUGCUCCAACAACGCCAACCCAGGAGACAUCAAGGGCAUUGUGCGCUACGAUAGCACUUCGACAGCAGACCCUACUUCUUCGGCGAACGACAACGCUGCCAUUGACGAGUGUGUCGACGAGACAAGCUUGGUGCCCUACGUCCAGGUCGACGCCUCGGAUCUGGCCGACGUCAACGUCGAUUUCUCCGUCGCCGUGGCCGCGUCCGCCGGCCGCUUCUACUGGUCCAUGGGCAACAGCACCUUCAUCAACCAGUGGAACUACCCCUCCUUGCAGCAGGUCAAUGAGAACAACAACACAUGGGCGACCGAGCAGAACAUGUACGAGCUGCCCAAUGCCAACGAAUGGGUCUACUGGAUCGUCCAGACCAGCCUUGGCGCCGCACACCCUCUUCACUUGCACGGCCAUGACUUCUGGGUCCUGGGCUCAGGGUCGGGCAAGUAUGACGCUUCCACGGCCAACCUCCAGACCGUCAAUGUGCCCCGCCGCGAUGUUGUCCUUCUGCCGGCGAGUGGCUGGGUCGCCUUUGCCUUUGUCACAGACAACCCCGGAGUGUGGAUCACUCACUGCCACAUUGCUUGGCACACAUCCGAGGGUUUGGCUGUUCAGAUGCUAGAAAGGCAGUCCGAAAUCGCAGGCCUCAUCGACAGCGACGAGCUGAAUGAGACAUGCGACGCAUGGAAUGCCUAUGCCAACACGGCGAAACUAGUCCAAGACGACUCCGGCUUAUAG